CUGGUAGAAGAGAGAGAGACCUAUUCCUGACUAUGUCGAGGAGAAAGUUGGAGAAUAAAAGCCUUUCUGGCUUGUUAGCUACAUCUCUGCAGACACAAAUCAAGACAGACAAUUUCCACAAUUUUUAUAUGCUUGAAUCAAAAGAGCUGGGAAGAGGAAGAUGUGCUGUUGUUAGAAAAUGUAUAGCUAAAUCCACAGGCCAAGAGUAUGCAGCUAAAUUUUUAAAGAAAAGAAGAAGAGGUCAAGACUGCAAAGCAGAGAUUCUUCAUGAAAUUGCUGUGCUUGAAUUAAUGAAAUCUAAUCCUCGCAUAGUUAAUCUCCAUGAAGUCUAUGAAACAGCAAAUGAAAUCAUCUUAGUGUUGGAAUAUGCUGCUGGAGGAGAAAUAUUUGAUCUGUGCGUCCCAGAUCUGGAUGACAGAAUUGGUGAAAGGGAUAUUAUAAGACUUAUAAGACAAAUACUGGAAGGACUUCGCUGCUUACAUGAAAACAAUAUUGUUCAUCUUGAUUUAAAGCCUCAAAAUAUUUUGCUGAGCAGCAUCAAUCCUCUUGGUGAUGUAAAAAUUGUAGAUUUUGGUAUGUCCCGAAAGCUUGAGAAUUCUAGUGAACUGCGACAGAUCAUGGGAACAACAGAGUAUCUAGCUCCAGAAAUCUUAAACUAUGAUCCUAUUACCACAGCUACAGAUAUGUGGAACAUAGGUGUAAUUUCAUACAUGCUGCUGACACAGGAAUCUCCAUUUGUGGGAGCCGAUAAUCAAGAAACUUACCUUAAUAUAUCUCAAGUUAAUGUGGAUUAUUCAGAAGAAACAUUUUCAUCAGUUUCACAGCCUGCCAAAGACUUCGUUCAAAAACUUCUCAUAAAAAAUCCAGAGUAA